GAAUCAUAGGGUCUCAAAUACGCUCGAUUAAACUUCGUACUUUCCUCGCGAGAAAACUCAUUUCCUCGAGCAUCAAGGCCAAAGUAUUCAUUCCCCUUCUAAAUCAACAUCCAUAUUAUAUUCAUAUCCCUAUUUCCUAACACUUUACUAGUUUUUCCCUGGUGGACAUUCUGUUUUCGUCUAAAGCCGCUUGUCUGUCUGCCAUUUCACAACGUGCCAGUUGACUCAUCUCUGAUUUUCGCGAAUGCGUUUUUUUUUGGGGGGCCUCGAGAUUCAAAAGCGAUAACGAAUCCUUUACAUUGUAUUUGACUGUGUUAGAUUUUAACCAAGUACAAUGGCUUCUUUCAACUUGGAUACCUUGGUUAGACCAAACAUUUUGUCAUUGGAACCUUAUCGUUGUGCUAGAGAUGAUUUUACAGAAGGUAUAUUACUAGAUGCUAAUGAAAAUGCUCAUGGUCCAGCAAUUACUGAUAUAUCCCAAUAUGAAACCACAUUAGACUUACACCGUUAUCCAGACCCUCACCAAAUUGAAUUGAAAGAUAAAUUAGUAAACUUUAGAAAUUCUGAAAACAAAUUUGAAAUCACAAAAGAUCAAGAACUAACUAAUGAAAAUUUAUGUCUCGGUGUUGGUUCAGAUGAAAGUAUAGAUGCGUUAAUCAGAACAUUAUGCUCCCCUGGGAAAGAUAAAUUAUUAAUUGCCCCACCAACUUAUGGGAUGUAUUCAAUCUCUGCUACAAUUAAUGAUGUUGAAAUUGUUAAAGUCCCAUUAGAUUUCCAAACUUUCCAAAUCCAACCUGAUUUGAUCAAUGAAGAAUUAAAUAAAGACCCUUCAAUUAAAAUGGUUUAUAUCACUACCCCUGGUAACCCUACAGGUACUUCUAUUGAUUUCAAACUCAUUGAACAAAUUCUAACAAAUCCAAACUGGAAUGGUAUAGUAGUUGCUGAUGAAGCUUAUGUUGAUUUUGCACCAAUUGGUACUUCUUUAUCAACUUUAGUCAACAAGUAUCCAAACUUGGUUGUCUUACAGACUUUAUCCAAAUCUUUUGGUUUGGCUGCUAUUAGAUUAGGUAUCACUUUUGCUAAUAAAAGAUUGGCUAGUAUUUUAAAUGCGUUGAAAGCUCCUUAUAAUAUCUCUAGUUUAACUUCAUAUGUGGCUCUAAGGGCCCUAAGUCCACAAAAUGUCAAACUGAUGAGAGAUCGUGUUGAAAUUUUGAAUUCUGAAAGAGGUAGAUUGUGGAGUGAAUUGCAAAAAUUUCAAAAUAUUAAUAAAAGAUUAUUAGGUGGAUUAUCAUCAAAUUUUAUUUUGGUUCAAGUUAUUAAUGGAAGUGGUGAACCUGACUCAAAAUUAGCCAAAUACUUUUAUGAAAAGUUGGCUACAACUAAAGGUGUUGUUAUUAGAUAUAGAGGUAAUGAACCUGGUUGUCCUGGUGGGUUAAGAAUUACAAUAGGUACUAAAGAGGAAAAUGAUACAUUAUUAGAAAAAUUACAAGUUUUGAUCAAUGAGUUAUAG